AUGGUGGCGACCUGCGCUGCGCCGCCAGCACAUCACCAUCUGAACGUUUCCUCAUAAAGAACCCGGGACUCGUCCUCAUCCGACGCACACCGGCAGCCGGGCUCUCCUCCACGGCAGGCUCCGACCAUGACAGCGUGACUGCGUGCAGGUUUCUCCCCCCGCUGCCCUCAUUCUCCGCUCUCCGAGCCGCUGAACUUCUUCCCAGCGCUCCUGUCAGACUGAAUUGCCGACCUUGACAGCGCGCUGUGGGGGAGGAUUCGAGUUAAAGUCUGUCCGGAGAAAGAAAAAAAAAACAACUGAGCACUCGGUUGCGGACCGGGAGAGUGAAGUUAGAAGUAAGAGGCGGAAAACAGCAACAUCUCAAGGACGCGAGGAAAAAAGUGCGAGGCGCGGAUCGUCACAGGUGCAGCGAGGAGCGGACUGGGUUUGGAUUUAACCUGGAUUCAUCUGACUGAGUUGCAUCCAGCACUUCAGAGAGACCAAGUAACAGGCACUCUAUCCUGCGGGGGUCUGUGGAACUGGAGCGCGUUUGAGAACAGGUUCAGGACUGUUGGACCGAACAGGCUGCGGACCCUCGGCUUUUUUUUUUUUAGCGCGCCCACCUCGGUGCGCUCUGCCCGGCUCGAGUGGCGGCAGGAGACCCCCGGCAGCAGCAGCAGCAGCGGCGGCGGCGGCAGCAGGAGGACCAGGAGGAAGGAGGAAGAGGAGGACAGCAGAACCAGAACCACACUUCCACGCUUCCAGCUCAGCGGGCACUUGUUGUCCAGCCUGCCUCUCCGGUUUGGAACAAUGUUUGCGGACUCCUGGAGCAGAUCGAUGUGGCGCGCCACAUGGAUUUUAUUUUUUUCCUUACUCAUCCACUCCGCACGAGCUCAAGAUGACGUGCCUCCGUACUUCAAGACGGAGCCGGUGCGUAGCCAGCUCCACCUGGAGCGCAACAGGCUGGUUCUGACCUGUAUGGCCGAGGGAAGCUGGCCACUGGAGUUCAAAUGGAUCCACAACACCACAGAACUGACCCGCUUCUCACUGGAGUACAGGUACCUAAUCCCUUCGUUGGACCGCUCCCAUGCCGGCUUCUACCGCUGCAUCGUGAGGAAUCGGGUCGGAGCCCUUCUGCAGAGGCGCACGGAAGUACAGGUGGCCUUCAUGGGCAGCUUUGAGGAGGGUGAACGCUCCCAGUCGGUGUCUCAGGGCGAGGGCGCCGUUGUCCCAGCGCCACGUAUUCGCAGCUUCCCCCAGCCACAAGUCACCUGGUUCAGGGACGGGCGCAAGAUUCCACCCAGCAGUCGGAUUGCCAUCACGCUCGACAACACGCUGGUCAUCCUGUCCACGGUGGCGCCGGACGCCGGGCGCUACUACGUCCAGGCGGUGAACGACAAGAACGGAGAGAACAAAACCAGCCAGCCCAUCACCCUGUCAGUAGAGAAUGUUGGCGGUCCAGCAGACCCCAUCGCCCCGACCAUCAUCGUCCCUCCCAGGAACACCAGCGUGGUUACGGGCACCUCUGAGGUCACCAUGGAGUGCGUGGCCAACGCCAGGCCUCUCAUCAAGCUGAGCAUCACGUGGCGUAAGAACGGCGUGUUGGUGACGAGCGGCUUGAGCGACUUCAACCGCAGGCUGACCAUCCUCAGCCCGGUGGUGAGCGACGCCGGCUUCUACGAGUGCGAGGCCAUUCUCCGCAGCAGCAGCGUGCCGUCAGUCAGUGCCGGGGCUUAUCUGCACGUUUUAGAACCGCCACAGUUUAUUAAGGAACCAGAGAAGCACAUCACAGCCGAGAUGGAGAAGGUGGUGGACAUUCCCUGUCAGGCUAGAGGAGUUCCCCAGCCGGACAUCGUGUGGUACAAGGACGCUGUGCCCAUCGGCCCGGUGAAGUAUCCCAGGUACCGGGUGCUGGUGGGAGGCAGCCUGCAGGUCAACGGCCUCCUGCCCGACGACACCGGCAUGUUCCAGUGCUUUGCCAGAAAUGCUGCAGGAGAAGUUCAGACCAACACUUACCUGGCUGUUACCAGCAUCGCCCCGAAUAUCACAGCCGGACCCUCCGACAGCACCGUGAUCGACGGCAUGUCAGUCAUCCUGCACUGCGAGACCUCUGGAGCUCCGAGGCCGGCUAUCACCUGGCAGAAAGGUGAGCGCGUGCUGGCGAGCGGUUCGGUCCAGCUGCCGAGGUUCACCCUGCUGGAGUCGGGCAGCCUGCUCAUCUCCCCCUCGCACAUCUCCGACGCCGGGACCUACACCUGCAUGGCGAGCAACUCCAGGGGCAUCGACGAGGCGUCGGCUGACCUCGUGGUCUGGGCUCGCACACGGAUUACCACCCCCCCACAGGACCAGAGCGUCAUCAAGGGAACUAAAGCCAUCAUGACCUGUGGAGUCACACAUGACCCCAGUGUAACCGUCAGGCACGUCUGGGAGAAAGAGGGCUCGGUGAUCAGCGUCCAGUCCAUCCCACGCAUGCGACUGGAUUCAGACGGGACCCUCCACAUCUCCCAGACCUGGUCAGGGGACAUAGGAACGUACACCUGCAGAGUCACCUCCGUCGGCGGCAACGACUCCCGCAGCGCACACCUCCGCGUCAGGCAGCUGCCCCACGCCCCCGAGAACCCUUCAGCCCUGCUGAGCACAUCAGAGAAAAGAGCCAUCGACCUGGCCUGGGCCAAGCCGUUUGAUGGGAACAGUCCCCUCAUACGCUACAUCCUGGAGGUUUCCGAGAACAAUGCUCCCUGGGCCAUCCUGCUGGCCAAUAUCGAGCCGGAGUCCACAGCGGUGACGGUCAAUGGCUUGAUCCCGGCGCGCUCCUAUCAGUUCCGCCUCUGUGCCGUUAAUGAUGUGGGGAAGGGGCAAUUCAGCAAGGAGACAGACCGUGUCUCUCUCCCGGAGGAGCCUCCCAGCGCUCCUCCACAGAACGUCAUCGCCAGCGGCCGGACCAACCAGUCCAUCAUGAUCCAGUGGCAGCCUCCGCCGGAAAGCCACCAGAACGGCAUCCUCCGGGGCUACACAGUCCGGUAUCGUCUGACCGGGCUGCCUGUCGACUACCAGAUCAAGAACAUCUCCAGCCCAGAUGUGACCAACCUGCUGCUGGAGGACCUCAUCAUCUGGACCAACUACGAGAUCGAGGUGGCUGCCUACAACGGGGCGGGUUUGGGAACUUUCAGCCACAAAGUCACCGAGUGGACUCUGCAGGGAGUGCCCACCAUCGCCCCCGGUAACGUGCAGGCCGAGCCGGUCAACUCGACGACUAUCCGUUUCACGUGGAUGGCGCCCAACCCGCAGUUCAUCAACGGCAUCAACCAGGGCUACAAGCUGCUCGCCUGGGAGCGUGGCAAAGACGACGACGUUUCCAUGGUGACGGUGCGGCCGAACUUCCAGGACAGCGUCCACGUGGGCUACGUGACAGGUCUGAAGAAGUUCACCGAGUAUUACACCUCCGUGCUGUGUUUCACCACGCCCGGUGACGGCCCCCGCAGCCCGCCCAAAGCGCUGAGGACACACGAGGACACCCCCGGUGCUGUGGGUCACCUGAGCUUCACGCAGAUCCUGGACACCUCGCUCAAAGUCAGCUGGAGUGAGCCGGGCGAGAAGAACGGCGUUCUCACAGGUUACAGGAUUUCGUGGGAGGAGUACAACCGGACGAACACCAGAGUCACCCACUACCUGCCGAAUGUCACCUUAGAGUACAGAGUCACCGGGCUCACCGCUCUCACCACCUACACCAUAGAAGUGGCAGGAAUGACCUCCAAAGGCCAGGGCCAGCUGUCCUCCUCCACCAUCUCCUCCGGCGUCCCACCAGAGCUUCCCGGUCCUCCCACCAACAUGGCAAUUUCCAACAUCGGCCCGCGCUCCGUCACCUUGCAGUUCAAACCGGGCUACGAUGGCAAAACAUCCAUUUCUCGCUGGCAGGUGGAGGCCCAGGUGGGUGUGGUGGGAGAAACUGAGGACUGGGUGAUGGUCCACCAGGUGUCCAACGAGCCUGAGGCACGCUCCUUAGAGGUCCCAGGGCUGAAUCCAUACACCUAUUAUAGGUUCCGCAUGCGCCAGGUGAACAUAGUGGGAGUCAGUCCCCCCAGCCAGCCCUCCAGGAAGAUCCAGACCCUGCCGGCUCCUCCUGACGUCGCCCCUGCCAAUGUCACCCUGCGCACGGCUAGCGAGACCAGCCUCUGGUUACGGUGGAUGCCUUUGCCUGAAUGGGAAUACAACGGGAAUGCUGAGCAGGUGGGCUACAGGGUUCAGUACUCCCGCGCAGGCUCGCAGGGCCGGGCUCUGAUCCACAUCAUCGGCGACCGCCUGGAGAGAGAGUUUACCAUCGAGGACCUGGAGGAGUGGACGGAGUACGAGGUCAGGGUCCAGGCUGUCAAUGGAAUCGGGACGGGGCCCUGGAGCCAGCCGGUCCGAGGCAGGACGAGAGAGUCCGUCCCCUCCUGUGGACCCACCAACGUGUCCGCCUUCGCCACCACCUCCAGCAGCAUCCUGGUGCGCUGGUUUGAAGUUCCUGAGCCGGACAGGAACGGCCUCAUUCUGGGCUACAAGGUGGUGUACAAAGAGAAGGACUCUGACAGCGCAGUCCACUUCUGGACGGUGGAGGGGAACGCCACGCACAGCGUCCAGCUGACCGGUUUGGGGAAGUACGUGCUCUUUGAGAUCCAGGUUCUGGCCUUCACAAGGAUCGGAGAUGGACGGCCCAGUUCUCCGCCCAUCCUGGAGAGGACUCUGGACGAUGUGCCGGGACCUCCGGUGGGCAUCCUGUUCCCCGAAGUGCGGACCACCUCAGUGCGGCUUAUCUGGCAGUCGCCCUCGCAGCCUAAUGGCAUCAUACUUGCCUACCAGAUCACGUACCACCUCAACUCCACCAACAGCAACGCAGCCACGGUGGACGUUCUGAACCCCAGCGCUCGCCAGUACACGGUGACCAGCCUCAAGCCGGAGUCCGUCUACGUGUUCCGCAUCACGGCGCAGACGAGGAAGGGCUGGGGGGAGGCCGCCGAGGCUCUGGUGGUCACCACGGAGAAAAGAGCUCGUCCCCAGCCCACCAGCCGUCCCAUGGUUCCUCAGAAGGACGUCCAGGCCCGCCAGGUGUUGCUGUCGUGGGAGCCCGGCAGCGACGGCCUGUCGCCCGUGCGUUACUACACGGUGCAGCUCAGAGAGCUUCCUGAGAGCAACUGGACCGUCCACUCCGCCUCCGUCAACCACGAGGCCUCCUCCUACAUAGUAUCCAGGCUGAAGCCCUUCACGUCCUACCAGUUCAGAGUAAAAGCCACCAACGACAUCGGGGACAGCGAGUACAGCGAGGAGAGCGAGGCCAUCACGACCCUGCAGGACGCGCCCGACGAAGCACCCACAAUUCUCUCCGUGACGCCACACACGACGACGUCGGUGCUGAUCCGCUGGCAGCCCCCCUCCGAAGAGAAGAUCAACGGAAUCCUGCUGGGCUUUCGGAUCCGGUACCGUGAGCUGCUGUACGACCGCCUCCGCAGUUAUUCUGCUCACAGCAUCAACAGCGCGUCCACCUGGGCCGAGCUGAACGCCCCCUACAGCAUCCGGAAUCUGAGCGACUCCACCAUGAACCAGUACGAGCUGGACAAGCUCAGCAAACACAAGCGCUACGAGAUCCGCAUGAGUGUUUACAACGCCGUGGGAGAAGGUCCGAACAGCCCGCCGCAGGAGGUGUUUGUAGGGGAAGCAGUGCCGACAGCGCCGCCUCAGAAUGUGGCCAUUCAGUCUGCGACAGCCACCCAGCUGGACGUGACGUGGGACCCUCCACCGGUGGACGCACAGAACGGAGACAUCCAGGGCUACAAGGUUUACUUUUGGGAGUUCCAGCGAAAGAACGAGACGGAGCGGCUGCGGACUCUGUUCAUGCCCGAGGGAGGGGUGAAGCUGAAGAACCUGACCGGUUACACCACCUACAUGAUUAGCGUGGCGCCCUUCAACGCGGCCGGGGACGGACCCCGCAGCGCGCCGACGAGGGGACGCACUCAGCAAGCAGCUCCCAGUGCUCCCAGCUUCAUCCACUUCAGCGAGCUGACCACCACCUCCGUCAACGUGUCCUGGGGCGAGCCCACCUUCCCUAACGGCAUAAUUGAAGGCUUCCGUCUGGUCUAUGAGCCCUGCACACCGGUGGAUGAGUCCUCAGUGGCCUGUCCCGACUGUCUUCACUCCCCCUCCCCCCCAGGCGUCAGUAAGACAGUGACGGUGGAUGUGAAGGGGAGCGGCCCCCUCUGGCUGAAGCUCAAAGACCUGGCCGAGGGCGUCACCUACAACUUCCGCAUCCGGGCCAAGACCUUCAUCUACGGGCCCGAGGUGGAGGCCAACAUCACCACCGGCCCCGGAGAUGGAGCCCCUGGACCCCCCGGAGAGCCCUUUAUCACGCGCUACGGGUCGGCGCUGACCAUCCACUGGACCAGCGGGGACCCGGGGCGCGCUCCCAUCACACGCUACGUGAUCGAGGCCAGACCGUCAGAUGAGGGAUUGUGGGAUAUCCUAAUCAAGGACAUCCCCAAGGAAGUGACAUCACACACGUUCAACAUGGAUAUCCUGAAGCAAGGGGUCAGCUACGACUUCAGGGUAAUCGGCGUGAACGACUACGGCUACGGCACCCCGAGUCCGAAUUCUCCGUCUAUCUCUGCCCAAAAAGUGGCGCCGUUCUACGAGGAGUGGUGGUUCCUGGUCGUGGUGGCGCUGGUCGGGCUCAUCUUCAUCCUGCUGCUGGUUUUCAUCCUCAUCAUCAGAGGACAGAGCAAGAAGUACGCCAAGAAGUCAGAAUCAGUGUCUCUGUACGUGUGUCCAGGUAACAACUCCAACUGCAACGCCCUGACCCACGGCGACAUGGUGAGCCUGGACGAGGGCCGCUUCCCCGCCCUGGAGCUCAACAACCGCCGGCUGUCUGUGAAAAACUCUUUCUGCCGGAAGAAUGGCGUCUACACCAGAUCUCCUCCCAGACCCAGUCCGGGAAGUCUUCACUAUUCAGACGAGGACGUCAGCACCAAGUACAACGACCUGAUCCCUGCAGAGAGCAGCAGCCUGACUGAGAAACCCUCCGAGAUCUCAGACUCACAGGAGGCGCUGGUGUUUUCAUAUGGGACAGGUGGCCUACAUACACUUCCACUGCAUUUGGGCAGCGACAGCGAGUACGAGGUCGACCCCAACCGACAGAAGACCCACUCUUUCGUCAACCACUACAUCAGCGACCCCACUUACUACAACUCCUGGCGGCGCCAGCAGAAAGGCAUAUCCCGGGCACAGGCCUACAGCUACACCGAGUCCGAGUCGGGCGACCCGGAGCACUGCGCCCCGCCGCCGCUGCCUCCUCUACCUCCACUGCCACCACAGCUCAGUUCGCCCAGCCCCCAGCCUCAGCAGGCCCAGGGUCAACCCCAGGGUCAGGGCAGCCUGUUCAGGCCCAAAGGCAGCCGGACUCCCACCCCCUCCCAGCAGAGCUCCAACCCCCCCAGCCAGCACAGCACCCUCUACAGGCCCCCCAGCAGCCUAGCCCCCGGCUCCAGGGCCCCAAUCGCUGGCUUCUCCUCCUUUGUGUGAAAAUUCUGAGAAGGACAUCAAAGUUCUGUGGAAAUAUCUACCCAACCUGUGUUGAAGGAGAACAUAGCAACGCGUCAGCAGUCGGCUCAAUCACGUCAUUCACGCCUUUCUUUUCUCUUUUCAUCAGCUUUUAUUUUCUACGCGUCGUCUUUAGUCUUUAGCCUGGAUUCGUGCGGAACAAGACUCUGAGAGUGUUUGGAGCACUUUGUAUUGUUUAAUGUGUGGAAGUGUGCUUUGAUUUCUCUCACCGGUUGAUACAAUACUCAUCGAUUCACUUUUAUUUUUUUUGCUAUUUGAACUUUUUUGCAUGACUUUCAUUUUCCUCCACCUUUUGUUGUCACUUUUCUUUGAUCACAUUCAAAUUGAUUCUGUACAGGUCACAAGAAUCUUUGAAAACAAACACAUAUAAAUAUAUAUAUACGUACAUAUAUAUAUAUAUAGUAGAUGUACUGAGAACACAAAAUCAAUUCAGUGCAGAUUCUGCAUUGAUGUGAGACUGAAAUAACAAUAUGAGGGAGCCAUAUUGUGGAAGUGAACGGACAAAGUGUUUGGACCGGAUGAACUGGAUGUAAAAACAAAAAAAGAAAAAAAGGAAAGAGGGACAUAAAAGACAGAUGUAGAUGUGGAAUUCAUGCCAAAUCGAACAAAAAUCUAAUGUGUUGGCCGGGAGACUUUUUAAAACGGACAUUUGGCGAAACAAUCACGUGUUUCCAUGGAAACAGCUCUCCGGCCUAAAGCACACAAACGCACGAGGGGAGUCGGAGGACAUUUUUGGCCGCUGCGGGUCGGAUGUCACCGACCGCGCUGCGCCUGAAGGAUCCUGCAGAUAUAAAAUGAAAUGAGUGUAUAUCUGUUCAAGUGAAAGUGUUGAUCGAUCGAAGAUGCCUUGAUAGAGAAAAAAAACAAACAAACAAAAAAAACACUUAUUUAUGAUAUCUGGCACCAGUUGUUAGCAGACUGCUCACGGUGACCCUUGACUGUGGCGUCGCAAGCGGCUCGCCUCGCACUACGAGAGCCUCCUUUUAACUCCUGACGGACGUGGGCUUGUGUGUAAAUUUGCAUCACACGACCCGUGUUUUUGUUUUUGGUUUGUUUUUCACCCUUUGGCUGGCUCACAUAUGCACACAUCAGUCUCAUUCUGAAUAUAUGUCUAUGGAAAAAUGCUUUGAAAAUCCGAUGUUAAGAGUGUCAAACUGAGGCAGCCGGGGGACGUUCACAUGUGGGCACAGCUGCUGGUUCUGCUACAAAUGUAAACAGUGUGAUUUUGAUAAGAAACAAAGAGGGUUUUUUUUUUUUUUUUGUUCCUCUUCCCGGCCCGGCUGGUGUAACUCUUCUUCUCUGUCACUGAACACUAUCACGAGGCAGCGCUGGGCCUGCGCCAAGAGAUGAUGUCAUUAAAAUGCCUCACCUCUUUCCCCUUUUGUGUAAUCAACCACUCUGUACUAUUACAGGUGUGACUGUACUGUCCCAAAUGCAAAUGUGUGUGUGUGCGUGCGUGCGUGUGCAGGUGUGAUGACACUUCGUCGUGCGUAAGCUUUACAGAUCAUUCACUGUGUGUCUGGUUAUAAAGAGAUUGUCCUGCAGCAAACUGUAAACCUGCCUGGAGUGGCGCCACAGAUGGCCGGUACCGUCCGGCCCGCCUGCCAGGCGCACUCAUAACGCUAUAGUGAAGACUCAGUGGUGUGUUCCUAGUUUCCAUAGUUCCAAAAAAAAAAGAAAAAAGGAUAAAAAAUGUCAUCUACUUUUACUUUUUCUCUUUCUCUCUCUCUCUCUCUCUCUCCGUGGGGUGAUUUCAUUGUACGCAACAAAACGCUUAUCAUGCAGAAUCUGAAUGAAUAUAUGAUCACAGUACAUUUCUGAAAUAAAUUAUUUUUGAAUGUUA